GAGAAACGAGCUGCUGGAGAUGUAAACAGAUUCCGCUGUCAUUCAUUCAAACCACGCGAGCUGAUAUGAUGGAUAUUCUUAGCUCCUCUGUGUGAAAAAUGUUAUGACAGGAUACAUCACCCUAGUCAUACUCUGUCUUUCGAGAAUGGUCGUUGUUUACGGUCUCAGUUUUUCACAUGCCAGUAAUCCGGUUAGAAGAGAUGUAUUUUUAUAGCUGUCCACGGCUGCUAGACAACUAGCCUAGCUCGUUGCGCCGUAGGAGAGCGGCCGACCUUGACCAGAUGGAUAUCACGAGGCUCGCUGUGGACGCGGGCGCGUUUAUCAACCGAGCUGUUCAGUAUACGGAGGAAGCUCUGGGACAGGCUGAGAAGACAGAGUUGGACAGCCGGUUGGGGAGUCUCCUGGACAGAGCAGAGUCCACUAAGACCUGGACUGACAAAAUCAUCUCACAGACGGAGACUUUAUUGCAGCCUAACCCUGGAGCUCGUUUCGAGGACUUGUUGUAUAAGGGUCUGGAUUGGAGCGCCCCUGAGAGGCCAACCCCCCACGAGCUGCUGAGUGAAAACAUGAUGGACGCUGCUCUGGAACUGGGGAGACACACACCCUAUGGUAGUACUCUGAUUAAGUGUGGGGAGUUGGAGAGGCAGAUCGGGUUGGCGAACAAGAAGCUGAUCCAGAGUACAGACAUCAACUUCCUGUCUCCUCUACGGAGGUUUACUGACCAGGAAUACACAGUCAUACAGAAUGAGCGCAGGCAGCUGGUGAAUAAGCGGUUAGAUCUGGACAUUGCGAAGGCCAGACUGAGAAAGGCACAGGAAGCAGACAGCGAGGCCCGGGGUCUAAAUGCUAACCCAUUAGGAGAGGAGUAUGUAGCUCAUGUCUCCUACAUGUUCAGCUUCCUACGCGUCAGAUGGCUGAAGAUGUGGGCCCAGGAAGUCUCUCAGGCAGAGAUGGAGCUGAGGAUCUCUCAGUGUGUGUUUGACCGACAGUCAGAGAUCACCAGACUACUGCUGGAGGGAAUCAACACUACACAUGCUGCCCAUUUGAGAAGCCUGUCUGACUUUGUAGAAGCCCAGGGUAGCUACUACGCUCAGUGUUACCAGCUCACACAGGACCUACACACCCAACUGGCCUGUGCUCCCCCUCUGAUCUGCUACAAUAACAACUGGCACUUAGAAACUAACCAACCCUCAACAGGUAACCUGCCCUUAGCAACCAUUCAGCCCCUAGCAACCAGUGACUCUGCAACAACCAACCAGGCAACUAGCCAACCUUUAGCAACCACCCAACCCUUAGCAACAUGUGAGUCUUCGACAACCAUCCAGGCAACUAGCCAACCCCUAUCAACCAACCAGGCAAACAGCCAACCCUUAGCAACCAACCAGACAGCCAAUGAGUCCUCAAAAACCAACAAGUCCUCGACAACCAAUAAGUCCUUGACAAACAACCAGACAAGCAGACAACUCUUAGCAACCACUGGAUCCUCUACAACCAACCAGGCUUUGUCAAUCAUCCAGACAAACAGCCAAGCCCUACAAACCAACCAGGCAACCAGCCAACCCCUACAAACCAACCAGGCAACCAGCCAACCCCUACAAACCAACCAGGCAACCAGCCAACCCCUACAAACCAACCAGGCAAUCAGCCAACCCCUAAAAACCAACCAGGCAACCAGCCAACCCCUACAAACCAACCAGGCAACCAGCCAACCCCUACAAACCAACCAGGAAACCAGCCAACCCCUACAAACCAACCAGGCAAUCAGCCAACCCCUACAAACCAACCAGGCAACCAGCCAACCCCUACAAACCAACCAGGCAACCAGCCAACCCCUACAAACCAACCAGGAAACCAGCCAACCCCUACAAACCAACCAGGCAACCAGCCAAACCCUACAAACCAACCAGGCAACCAGCCAACCCCUACAAACCAACCAGGAAACCAGCCAACCCCUACAAACCAACCAGGCAAUCAGCCAACCCCUACAAACCAACCAGGCAACCAGCCAACCCCUACAAACCAACCAGGCAACCAGCCAACCUCUGCAAACCAACCAGGCAACCAGCCAACCCCGGCAAACCAACCAGGCAACCAGCCAACCUCUAGGAACCAACCAGGCAACCAGCCAACCUCUACAAACCAACCAGGAACCCAGACAACCCCUACAAAUCAACCCUGACAACCAGCCAACCUCUAGGAACCAACCAGGCAACCAGCCAACCCCUACAAACCAACCAGGCAACCAGCCAACCUCUACAAACCAACCAGGCAACAAACCAACCUCUAGGAACCAACCAGGCAAACAGCCAACCUCUACAAACCAACCAGGCAACCAGACAACCCCUACAAACCAACCCGGCAACCAGCCAACCUCUAGGAACCAACCAGGCAACCAGCCAACCCCGACAAACCAACCAGGCAACCAGCCAACCCCUACAAACCAACCAGGCAACCAGCCAACCUCUACAAACCAACCAGGCAACCAGACAACCCCUACAAACCAACCCGGCAACCAGCCAACCUCUAGGAACCAACCAGGCAACCAGCCAAUCCCUACAAACCAUCCAGGCAACCAAUGAGUCCCCAACAACCAAUGUGUUCUCAACAACUAAUGAGUCCUCGACCACCAACCAGGUAACUAACCAGCUCUCGACAAACAACCAGGCAACCAGACAACCCCUACAAACCAACCAGGCAACCAAUGAGUCCCCAACAACCAAUGUGUCCUCAUCAACCAACCAGGCAACAAACCAACCCUUGAAAACCAACCAGGAACUCAUCGAACCCUUAGCAACCAAUGAGUCAUCAACCACCAAUCAACCCAUACAAACCAACCGGGCAACAGACAGCCCUUGACAAGCAACCAGGAAACUGGUGCACUUAUGUGGCUAUAUUGAAGCAACAUCUCAACACAUCAGUCAGGAUGUUAAAGCUUGGUCGCAAAUGGGUCUUCCAAAUGGACAAUGACCCCAAGCAUAUGUCCAAGGUUAUAGCAAAAUGGCUUAAGGACAACAAAGUCAAGGUGUUGGAGUGGCCAUCACAAAGCCCUGACCUCAAUCCCAUAGAAUUUGUGGGGAGAACUGAAAAAGCAUGUGCGAACAAGGAGGCCUACAAACCUGAUUCAGUUACACCAGCUCUGUCAGGAGGAAUGGGCCAAAAUUCACCCAACUUAUUGUGGGAAGCUUGUGGAAGGCUACCCGAAAUGUUUGACCCAAGUUAAACAAUUUAAAGGCAAUGCUACCAAAUAUUAAUGUAAACUUCUGACCCACUGGAAAUCAUUUUAUUUCUUUCUGAAAAGAAAUAAAAGCUGAAACAAAUCAGCUACUAUUAUUCUGACAUUUCACAUUCUUAAAAUAAAGUGGUGAUCCUAACUGACCUUAGACAGGGAUUUUUUACUAGGAUUAAAUGUCAGGAAUUGUGAAAAACUGAGUUUAAAAGUAUUUGGCUGUGGAUGUAAACUAAAUGUGUAUGUAAACUUCCAACUUCAACUGUAUCUAUUGGAGCAUCCAUGUACUCUUUAAGUGAGUUAUGUAUCCAGGCCUAAAUGUAUGUAUAUGGUGGUGAUCUAUGUGGAGGUUAUCUAGAUGUAUAUGCAUGUAGGUUACAGUAUAUGCUGGUAUAGAUCUAUAUGGUUGGUAUAGAUGGUCUAUUUAGAGACGUAGAAAUGGAGUAACAAUGACAGCUGUGUUUACAUGAUGUAUUGUGUCGUCUGAAAACCGCUUGUGUGAUCAAGAGAGAUGACAUUUUGUUGCAUAUGGAAUAUGUGUGUGUGUGUGUGUGUGUGUGUGUGUGUGUGUGUGUGUGUGUGUGUGUGUGUGUGUGUGUGACCCUUCUCCUCUAUAGGGUGAGGUAAUUUUCCAUACGGCAACAUGUCAUGCUUAUUCCAUAGUAUUAAACGUACACACACACUUACAGCCUUGAAUAUAGUCCCACCAGGCUAAACCGUGUACAUGUUUCCGUCUACAGAUGUUUUCAAUUGACCCUGCCUGAGAGGGCAGCUAUAUAUACACACACGCGCGCACGACAGCUCCACCUCGAUCUGCUGGUGCUGAGGUCUACGUGGUUACUCUGGGUUACUGGGACACAGAACACACACACAUUAACUAUUGAGGUUUGACUUCCAUGUCUCUGAACCUGUCAGGGUUGUUUCAGUGACAUUAUGUUUUAUUAUUAACGCUGACCAUAUUAGAUCAUCUGGAAUUAUUUAGAAUCACAUUAAACUGAUAAUGAGG